AUGCUCGCCUCCCGAGUUGCCAAACCCAAGUUGUCGUUGAGCAUCUCGACCACCGGCACUUCUCAAGCAGCACGACCCACGCUGGCAUUGAAGUCGCCCAUGAGCCCCUUGAGGUCACCCAUUCCUCCAUCUCCCGUCAGCCCGACUGCGCGAAACACCCGGCUCAACCAGAGGGGUUACUCGACCAUGCAGCAGCCAACAUAUGCAUAUGUGAACUCCAGUUCCUCGAGAAGCAUCUUGAAGAAGUCCUCCAAAUCCUCCCCAUCGGCAGCACGACAGUUGUCUUUCGUUGAGACUCCUGUUGUCUACUGUGUGACGCCAAUUGAGGACCAAGAGUACUACGGCGCUCACACCAAGAUGUCCCGCGACGAGCGAAGAUGGCAACGGAGAUGA